AUGGCAUCAUUUGCAUGUCUCUUAGUUCCGCUUCUCUAUGUUACCACCGUCCUCUCUCUUGCACCUGCCCUGUGCUAUGUCAAUCCAGGUGCUAACCCCGGCCAGGACGCCGAAGAGAAUUCGGAGUAUCGUACACACAUCGUGCUUGUCUGGCCACCGGCGGACGCCCACGCCGCGGACGAAGUUGCGCACCGCCGGUGGCACGAGUCUUUCUUGCCGAGCUCCCUGACCGAGUUCGGCGAGCCGCGCCUCGUGCAUUCCUAUACGGAGGCAUUCAGCGGCUUCGCGGCGAGGCUGACGGACGCCGAGCUCCACGAGGUGUCCAAGAAGCCAGGGUUCUUGCGCGCGUUCCCGGACCGCACGCAGCAGCUCAUGACGACGCACACACCGGAGUAUCUCGGGCUGAGGCAAGGUCCCGGGUUCUGGAGGGACGUCGCACGGUAUGGGAAGGGGAUCGUGGUCGGGCUGCUCGACGUCGGGAUCUAUGGGGCGCAUCCAUCAUUUGGUGACAACGCCGUCGCGCCGCCCCCGUCGAGGUGGAAGGGAUCAUGCCAAGGCUCUGCCUCCCGGUGCAACAAGAAGCUCGUCGGCGUCAAGUCCUUUGUCGGGGAUGACGGUAGGGAUGACUUUGGCCACGGGACGCACACCUCGUCCACAGCCGUGGGCAACUUCAUCAACGGCGCCUCGAGAAAUGGCAUGGCCUACGGUACGGCGUCUGGGAUCGCUCCCGGCGCGCACGUCGCCAUGUACAAGGUGUGCACUGGCAAGGGGUGCCAGGACUCCGCCGUACUAGCCGGAAUGGAUGCGGCAAUCAAGGACGGCGUGGACGUGAUCUCCAUCUCCAUUGGCGGCAACAUGACGUUCCAAUUCGACCAUGACCCCAUCGCCAUCGGCGCGUUCAGCUCGGUGUCGAAGGGCAUCCUUGUGGUGUGCGCGGCUGGCAACAACGGCCCCAAGCUAGCGUCCGUCGUUAACGACGCGCCCUGGUUGGUCACGGUCGCCGCCAGCUCGGUGGACCGGAGCUUCCUUGCGGACGUGCAGCUUGGCAAGGGAGUCAGCGUCGCCGGCGAGGCGAUUAACCAGGUGACAAACUCAAGCUCCAAGACGUAUCCUCUCCUCUACUCCGAGGAGCGGCGCAACUGCAUUUACCAUGGCGAAGAAAGCAAAGUCGCCGGAAAGAUCGUGAUCUGCGAUGCCGUGGACAACCUCCUCCCCUACAACACGUCGGAGAAGUCCAUCCUCCGUGAAAUAAAGAGCGCCGGCGCGGCCGGCGUGGUGCUGAUCAACACCAAUGCCGACGGCUACACCACCGUCCUCUGGGACUACGGCUCCGACGUGGUGCAAGUGACCGCUGCCGACGGAAUCAAUAUCAAGAAGUACGAGAUGUCUUCUCAGACGAACUCCACGUCCGCGGUCACGUUCAGCCACAAGACGGUGCUCGGCGUCCGUCCAUCUCCCACCGUGGCCUCGUUCUCGUCCCGGGGUCCAAGCACGAUCACUCCAGGCGUGCUCAAGCCGGACAUCCUGGCGCCGGGGCUCAACAUCCUCGCCGCGUACCCGCCACAGACCCUGCUCGGCACCGGACCAUUCAACGUCCUAUCCGGGACGUCGAUGUCGACGCCGCACAUCAGCGGCGUCGCGGCACUUGUCAAGAGCGUCCACCCCGACUGGUCGCCGGCCGCUAUCAAGUCGGCCAUCAUGACCACAUCUGACACUGUCGACAAGAACGGUGGCCCGAUCUUGGACGAGCAGCACAGGAAGGCCAACGCGUACGCGACCGGCGCCGGCCAUGUCAACCCCGCGAGGGCCACGGACCCGGGCUUGGUGUACGACCUCGGCGCCACAGACUACGCCAGCUACAUCUGCGCUCUCAUGGGCGAGGCCGCCCUGGCGGUCAUCGUGCGCAACUCGAGCCUGAGCUGCGCGAAGCUGCCCAAGACUGCCGAAGCGCAGCUGAACUACCCGACGAUCAAGGUGCCGCUGCAACCGACGCCGUUCACGGUGAGCCGGACGGUGACGAACGUGGGGCCGGCGGCGUCGACGUACACGGUGAAGGUGGACGCGCCGACGUCUCUGACGGUGCUCGUUUCGCCCGGGACGCUGGUAUUCGCCAAGGCCCGCGAGAAGAAGACGUUCAACGUGACGGUGAGUGGCCACGGCGCCGACGUGUUGGAAGGCAGCUUGCUCUGGGUGUCAGGGCAGCACGUCGUGCGAAGUCCGAUCGUUGCCGUCGCCAGACACGGCUAG